AUGCAGCUUUAUGAUAGUGCGCUAAACCUUAGAAUGUAUCUCGUUCAGGAAAAUGGACCUACCAAAUUAGUUUUAGAGGAUAUCAAUUAAAGGAAGUUUAAAAUUCAAAUUGGCUCUACAAUAAGCUGCUCAUGUGGAGGAGGCAGAGAAGAGCAUUGUGUUCACACUCUAGAAGAACCAAUGAAUUAAAAGCCGAAGUAGGAGGAUAAAAGAUAAACAGUAAAUAGAAUGGUUUUAGACAAAGAUGAACCUUGUUGUGUCUGCCAUGAAAACAUGAAAAAGGAAGACAAUUUAACUUAUUGUUAUCAUGAAUAGCAUGAAUUUAUUUUAAGACCUUCUGCAGAUAAAGAAUGGGAACCAGCUUUUAGAUAAACUCAGGAACUAACUCUUGAGGAAAGGUCUAAGAUUACUAAUGAUAUGAAAACAAGAGAUAUUAAACCAGAGGAUUAUCUCAAAUUAUUGAGCGCUGAAACUAGAGCAAAUAUCAUUUCUCUGCCUAAAUAUUUAGCAUUAGCUUUUGAGAAAAAUUAUCCAGCAACAUAGGAAUACAUGAGAAUUGCAAUAGCCUAUUGUAAUUUUUGUGAACUUAAAAUUGACGAUAAAACAAAAGGCUUGUCUUUCAAAAAUUGUGAUCAUUGUGUACAUAAAGGCUGCUUGGAAGAUAUGCUUAGAUUGAAGAAAAAUCACUGCUAGAUUUGUGAUUCUGUGAUUCUGUAAGGAUUUGAAAAGUCUAUUAAUAUAGGUAAAAUCCAAACGAAUAAGGUAUUGUUGCAAUAGAAAUAGAUAGAGAAUAAAAAAUCUAAUAACUUAUUCUAAAUUGAGGAGGAGAAAGAUUAAUCGUCUCCCUUAGAUUAAAGCACUGUAAGUGUCAAUGGGCAAGGCUAUUCUAAUUAUUAAAAUGGAGGUGCUCAUUAACAUUAAUUUAAAAUUAGAAAUCAUUCAAAGCUAAGUAAUGGAAGUAAAUUAAUUACAGUAAAGCGCCAAACUGAAAAUGGCUAAGUAAAAACUGAGAGCUUUCUAGACUUUAAUUUCAAACUAAAUGGCAAAUAAAUUCAAGGUGGGGUAAAUAGUAGUUAAAUUUAAAACUAGAAUAGAGACAAUUCAAUUAAUUAUCAAAGAUAAAUCUCAAUCAAUGGGUAAAUCCCAAGAUAACCACCCUAUGAAGAAGAAAAAGUUCCUGUAAACUUAGGCUUGGCAUUUCAAGAUAAUAGCAACAACAAUAGUAAUUUUAACUCUUAAAAUAAUAAAAACAAAUUAAGAUUAUAAAGAGAUAUCGAAGAGUAUAAACAGUAGAGCAGUGGAAAUGGCAACUACUCACUGCUUGAUAUCGGAGGAUAAAACUUCAACACUCAAUAAAACUACUUCACUCCAAGUUAGGACUUUCUUAACCAUCAGUAGAAACAACAUGAAAAUACUGAGCUGUAGUAAUAGUUACUAGAUAGAUUAAGAGAUAAAAAGGUUAAGGAAACUUUGAGAAAGAGGGAUAAGGAUAUGAAAUUGAAUAAGGCUAAAUAGCUUUAAGAGAAUGCGCCUUUGUCUAAGUAUUACAGAGAGUAGAUUAAUAAGCAAGAUUAGAAUCAUCCCUAAUCAACAAUAUUACAGCAAAAUGCAUUACAGAUAACUGCUAAUAACGGGAGAUCAUCAGCUAAUCAAAAUUAAAGAACCAGAAUAAAUAGCAGAGGUAAUUAAAGCAAUCAAAGUAAUAAUCAAGGGUAAAAAAGAGAUAAACAAAAUUCAAUAGAUAUUGAGGAUUUUAGAGGAUUCUUAGGCGAUUUAAGUACUGAUGUGAGCACGAUAAACAAGGGUCGAUUCAAAGUUAAUCCAGCCAAUAACUAUAGUCUAAUUGAAAACUCUAUACCUAAUCUUCCAGAUGAGAUGCUGCAUCCUGAUUUCAUCAGAAUGUAGAGAUUAGGAUAUUUCAAGAGAGAAUGA